CAUGUCCAUUUGCCAAUGUCGAACAUUUCUCGGAUGAGAUUUUAUCUGUUUAGGGAUUCGAGGACGUGUGAGAAGCGUCCACUUUUGCAGUUAUCCUCUUUUAGUUCACUCGCCGUUGUAAUGGAAAUCGGUCGCAAUCUCCGUCGCUUGUGUUGGUUCCACAUCCUCCCUUAUUGGAGAACAUUUGUAGUUUUCCUGACGCCCAUCCUGCUCCUACCAGUUCCUCUAAUCGGGACUCAGGAAGCUUUGACUGGAUAUGUUGUCGUCAUUAUGGCAGUCUACUGGAUGACCGAGGCCCUUCCUCUGCCCAUUACGUCACUGUUACCCAUAAUCGCCUUCCCGUUGCUGGGUAUCAUGAAUACGGGUCAAGUUUGUAUGAACUAUUUCUCGGAGACCGUUGUGAUGUUUAUCGGUGGGUUGAUGGUGGGUCUGGCCGUUGAAUAUUCCAACUUACACAAGAGAAUCGCUCUCAGAGUGUUGAUGCUCGUCGGAACCGAUCCCAAAUGGCUGAUGAUGGGCUUCAUGAGCGUGACGAUGCUUUUAUCCAUGUUUGUUUCCAACACUGGGGCUUGCGCCAUGAUUUGUCCCAUCGUUGAAGCUCUGGUGCAAGAACUCUUUCACAAAAAUUCUCAGGAAAACGAAGGAGAAGACAAAACUCAACUCACGGCCGAAGAAAAUCAAGUUGUGCGGGAAGAGUUUGCAGACGAUGAUGACGACGGGCGAUCACGUAGAGCACGUAGGGUCCGCGUCACCCUGUUGCUUUCGAUCGCCUAUUCGGCCAACAUUGGGGGCACUGGGACACUGAUAGGAUCGACCCCUCAACUCGCCUUGAAAGGAAUCGUUGAAGAACUCUAUGGGGAAGACAACGACCUGUCCUUCUCUUCUUGGAUGCUCGUCCUUAUGCCGGCCGUACUGAUAAGCACCGCUUUAACUUGGGUUUGGCUGCAAUUCCUCCUCUCCGGCUUCAAAUGCCAAAAACAAAUAGAGAAUGGAGUCAAGAGCCAAAGUGCUCGAGUCAAAAAUCUCAUCCGGACCAAGUAUCAAGAGUUGGGACCGACCAGUUUCAACGAGAAAACGAUUCUAUUCCUUUUUCCCGUCUUGGUCAUGCUGUGGAUGUUUCGCGAUCCCAAGUUUAUCGCUGGAUGGGGCUCACUCUUCUCAAAGAAAAUAGGGGAUUCCGUGCCUGUGCUACUGAUUAUUUUGAUUCUUUUCAUUUUGCCCAUUAAGCCGGAUUUCUGGUGUUUCAGGAGUGCUGGAUCGGAAAAUGAACGGCCCAAAGCCAGUCCCGCCAUGCUCACAUGGGAGUUCAUGCACGAAAAGUUACCUUGGGGUCUAGUCCUUUUAUUGGGAAGUGGAUUUGCCCUUUCGGACGCUUCGAAAAUAUCGGGCCUUUCCAAAUGGCUCGGCCAUCAAUUGGCGGCCCUACAAGUCCUACCACCGUUUUCCAUCUUGAUUAUUUGCUGCAUGUUGACAACUUGGAUGACUGAAAUUGUCAGCAAUACAGCCACCGCUAAUAUCGUCCUGCCCAUAUUGGCGCAAAUGGCCGACACCAUUCACGUUAAUCCGCUCUAUCUGAUGAUUCCAGCGGCAGCCACUUGCUGCUACACGUUCGUCCUUCCUGUUGGAACUCCGGCGAAUGCCAUCGUCUACAACAGCGCCAGGAUGAAACCCUUGGACAUGGUUAAAGCUGGGAUUGUGACUAAAAUGAUGUCUGUUUUAAUUCUCUGCGUCGUGAUGGAAACUAUUGGCAGAGGCAUUUUCCCGGUGAAUAUUAUCGAGUCUUCCUUGAAUGCGAACAAUAGUACGUCACUGUAGUUAGAAUCUUCUUCAACGGCAAUCGUCCAGUAGCGAAUUUCAAGCAAACGAUAUUAUUUUAUAAUAAAGUAAACCGUUUAUACUUCUCUGUUGAAUAUGCUGUAUGCCAUUCCGAAUAAAGUUAGAAAUACAGAAAUUCAACGAG